UGAAGGCAGCCAGUUAGAAAAGGGGUGUGGAGAAGUGGCAGCAGAGGGGGCCCUAUAAAAUUGCCCGUGCACGAGCCACACUUUAUCCCGCCAGAGCCGCUCGCAGCCAGAGGAAAUCCCAGCCUCGUUCAGAGCCACCGCACGCCCCCAGUCACACACGCGCCUCGUUUGCUCCAGGCCGCAUCCGCCAGCACAAUGAAUGGACCCCGCAGAUGGACGGCCGUCAUGGCUGCCAGCGUUUUGUUGCUGUGCUAUGGAGUUAUCGGUGAUACCUCCACACCGACACCUUCUGCUCCCCUGGGCAGCACACAUGUUUCAGCGUUACCUGCGUCUGCGACACCACCUGGCUCCUUUGUGUCUCCCACUGUCGCAAAGACAACAGUCUUACCCGACCCAGCCAUAAGCACAAUGCCUAGUGCCACCAAACCGGGCACAUCGACCCUGAAAGUGGGGAGCACCGUUGUGCUUUCUGCGGAGCCGGCAGGCAGCACAGGCACCGACAUGGAGAAAGCUACAAGCACACAGGCUGCAGAAAGGAGCAAGGACUUCAUAAUCAAUCAGACAAAUAUGACAGUGCAAAAGAAUCCAAAGCAGAGUGAACCUGUGCUGCAGGACGAGCACAGAUGCAUGGACAAGGACGCCAUGAAAGACCAGAGCGUGGUGAUGCUGACUUUAAACAGCACGAAAACCUGCGACGAACUUAAAGACAUACUCAACAAAAUCGGAGCAGAACUGUGCAACAGCUGCAAAUUUAAUAUAUUCCAGGAAGAUACGAUAGUUUUUGUCGGAGGCAAACACGUCGAAGCUGAUCCAGUAGGCAUGGCUGAGAAAUUCAGUUCUGAAAACGUUAAAAAUCAGCUGAAUCUGGGGCAGGCCAAGGCCCUCUGGGGAAAGACUUCACCCACAGUGCUGGUGUCCCUGCUGCUGGUUGGCCUUCUACUGGCCGCCCUGCUCAUCGCCGGCUACUGCCUGAAGGGUCGCUGGAUGGGCAGAGCCAAGGGAAAGAGACUGGCUGAGGAGCCCUGUCAGACACACGAGGACAAUGAGUGCCAAUCAGUAUCGGUGACGCCCCUCAACCCGUCAGAGGCCCUGGAGAAGCCCACCGUCAACGGGGAGUCCCCAGAUGGGGGCAAGAACCAGCCAGCCCCCGCCACCACCAACGGUCACUCUGCGGCAAAGAGUGCCGUGGCUGACACAGAGCUGUGAGCCCCCCCACGUUUGGCCAUAGCACCAGAUCACCCCCCACCCCCCACCCUUACUCAGACGUACUUGACCUGGUUUGUGGGCACUGGAAAAUAACAGAGAUAUUUUCCAUUCCCCAUAAUGUCUCACCAAAUAAUCAAGAUGAAAACUCCCCAGUCCUUAAAAGUAAUGGUGAAGAUAGUAAAAAUGGAUGAUGAUAAUGAUGAUGAUCUUGCCAUACAAAAUGUGAAGAAACCUCCCCUGACUGCCCUCCCCAAGGAUACUCACGGACCUAAAAGUACUGGAACCAUCUAGUAAGUUGAAUUGUGAGACCUCCCGGAAGUCGAUACCGAAAUAGGGUCACGCUCAUCAAACCUCUGUGCCAUUCGACACCUGAGGGGACCUUGUGCUUAUCAGUGUGUUUGCAAAGAACUGCCACUGCAGAUUAAAAACAGGCCAUCUGCAAUUUUUAGGGUCAGACUCAGUCAUAAAUCAGCCCCUAUGACUGGCCAUUUUCUAAACCCGUACGGAGCUGUUGAUACUUUUGCAAGAUAAAUGAAUCAAGCUCUUUGUUUCUCUGCUAUGUACAUAUGUAUGUUUAGAUAGUAUUGAAAUAUCUCUGUUAUAAAACUGAAUGACAACGUAGUGACAAGGGAUGUCAGCAAGAGGAACUGGUCAGGAAGGGGAAGACGCGACCUCCUUCUGUUGCUAACUUUCUCACAUCUGAAGCAACAGUAAAUCUACCUUUCAUUACUGCAAAAUCAGCCAAUAGGAUUUCAAGGUGUACUAAGUCUCCCGCACAGUAAGGUGAUCUGUCAUUGGUCAGCAGAAAAUUCAUCAGCCACUGCUGAGACUCCAAAAGGCACAUGACCAGCCUGGGAGACCUUUGGCCUCUGUUAGUAAUCAAGCCUUUUUUGUCAGUAUUAAUCAUUUAAAUGUUUUCUGUGUAACUGUAUUUGCAAUUUCAGUAUUUUUUUUUUGAUUGGUGUUGUAGUGUUUUUUUAUGACUAACUACUGAACAUCUGUAUGUCCCUCUGGCCAUACAGAUGUAGAAAAAAUGAGAGAAGAGUGAGCUGUUUCUGAACACACUCAACAAAGCUUUAAUAUUUUAUUUGUGAAUUGUCACUAAAACUAUACAGUAUAUAUCCAAGCUUUGUUAUUGUACCAUCUCUCUGGCCCUGUGUGCUAGACUAAGUUUCUCCUGACGUGAUCCACAUCCCAGUAAAGGCUAAAAGAAUGUUCGACUGAUUUUUUCAUAGUGUGCAGUUUUUAUAAGUGAGAGAAAAUGACUUUUUUUCUAGUUCCAUUGGUUUGAGAAGGGAAUGUAACAGUGUAAAUAUACUUUAACCCAUAAAUAGUUUAUCUUAAAAACAAGAAAGUUAGCCCAGAUACUAACUAAAUAUUUCCGAUGGACAUUUUUCACUAGAUACGUUUUCUUCUUGGCAAUUUAAUGAUUUAAUGUGUCAUCCUUUCCCUUAUAUCAGGAAUUCAGUUACCAAAACGACUUUAAAAUCACCCUGCACUGAAGUUCCCAGGAUUCAUUCCAUUUAUGUGAAUGCAUGUCUUUGAUCAAAACUUUUAAAUGUUAAUCUUUUCUGAGGCAGGUCUGCUUUGGCUUGAUUAAAUGAAGCAUUGCAACACAUACAUACACUUUUGAUUUCUCUAUUUCUACAUAUGUUAAAAGACUCAUUUAUAUUAUAUUGUGAAACCUCCUAGUCAGUAUUUGCUUAACUUAAUUUCAUUUGCCUUGGUUGUGUGAUAUUGAGAUUCUUAAGUUCAAAAAAGUGCAUACUCUGAGAUGUUUUAAAUCGACAAGAUAAUUCUUAGGAGAAUAUGUCCAACAAAGUUCAAAGCCCACUCGCAUGCUAUUUUAAACCCAGCGAUCUAAGAUUGUGAACAUUUUUGGAUACAUGACCGGAAAUGAUGAGAAUCGCAAACAUUUUAACCUGCAGAAAUGCCUGUUCUUGUUUUUACAUUCCAGAACUAACUUUGGAUUCUAAGAGCAUGACACAUUUCACUUGAUUUAUGUUCAGAACAGAAAUGGAAGCUGAGAAAUAAACACAUUUUGUAUGAAUGGAAA